GCGCGGGAGGACGGUCGCAGGCUUGGCUCUGUGCGUGCGAGCUCGCCCGGGAAUAAAUAGCAUCCACCCAGAGCAGGGCUGCUGCUCCAUUGCUGGUUACCUGAGCUGGGAAACCACGUGAGUGCCACAUCAGCGGCGCUUUUUAGACUGAAAGUCACAGAAAGGAAACAGGAACCGGAGAAGCGGCUGGGGCCGGCCGGCGCGUGGCUUUGGGAGGGCGGACAAGGACUGGGGCGGGCCGCUGGCAAGUCCAUGUCCCCGGGGGUUCAUUAAUCCCCCGGGGCGAGCCUCAUCCUCGCCGCUGGCCUGGAGGCUGCUGCGGAGCGAGCCCGGCAGCCCGGCCCGCAGGCGCGGGUUCAGCGAGGCGGCUCCCUCCCUGCCGCGCGUUUCCACGGGGCGCGUGGCCAGCUCUGUCUGCGGCGGCGGGAGCUGCAGGGCGGCGGCGGGGGAAGAUGCUGCAGUCCCUGGCCGGCUGCUCCUGCGUGCGGCUGGUGGAAAGGCACCGCUCCGCCUGGUGCUUCGCCUUCCUGGUGCUGGGCUACCUGCUCUACCUGGUCUUCGGCGCCGUGGUCUUCUCCUCGGUGGAGCUGCCCUACGAGGACCUGCUGCGCCAGGAGCUGCGCAAGCUGAAGCGGCGCUUCCUGGAGGAGCACGAGUGCCUGUCGGAGCAGCAGCUGGAGCAGUUCCUGCGGCGGGUGCUGGAGGCCAGCAACUACGGCGUGUCCGUGCUGGGCAACGCCUCGGGCAACUGGAACUGGGACUUCACCUCCGCGCUCUUCUUCGCCAGCACCGUGCUCUCCACCACGGGUUACGGUCACACUGUGCCUUUGUCGGAUGGAGGAAAGGCCUUCUGUAUUAUAUACUCCGUCAUCGGAAUCCCCUUUACGCUGCUUUUCCUGACUGCUGUGGUGCAGCGUAUCAUAGUCUAUGUCACCAGACGGCCUGUAUUGUAUUUCCACAUUCGCUGGGGCUUCUCCAAGCAGAUUGUUGCCAUCAUCCACGCAGUGAUUCUUGGGUUUGUUACCGUCUCAUGCUUUUUCUUUAUCCCGGCAGCAGUAUUUUCUGUUAUGGAAGAUGACUGGAACUUUUUGGAAUCUUUUUACUUUUGUUUCAUUUCCCUGAGCACCAUUGGUCUUGGAGACUAUGUUCCAGGAGAAGGUUACAAUCAAAAAUUCAGAGAGCUGUAUAAGAUAGGAAUUACAUGUUAUCUGUUGCUGGGCCUCAUUGCAAUGUUGGUGGUUCUAGAAACUUUCUGUGAACUUCGUGAGCUCAAAAGGUUUAGAAAAAUGUUUUAUGUGAAGAAGGACAAGGAAGAGGACCAAGUGCAUAUAGUGGAACAUGACCAGCUUUCCUUCUCUUCAAUUUCGGACCAAGCAGCUUCCAUGAAGGAGGAUGAAAAAGCAAACGAGCCUUUUGUGACUGUUCAACCUGCAACUUAUUAUGAUGGCUGUAUAAACAAUUAAUACAAGGGCAUCCAUACCAAUAUUAUAGUGCACUUACAUCAUUACCGUAAGAAAUAGAAUGCCUCUUUAUUUUUUGUGGGGGAAAAUUUUUAUGAAAGAAAGGAGACUGUGCUGUUUUAAUAAGUAUUCAUCAUUUCAGAUGUUGAAAAGACUUCUGACACAAAUCAAUGUUGCUAAAAUGGAGCUACACUGGGAGAGUGGGAGGAUAUGUAGCAGCUGGUGGGGUAUCCCUGAGAGGCAUUAUGCCUGAAGAGACCAGGAGGAAGCAUAAUGCCCCACUGGCAGCUCUCUGCAACACCCUUGGGGUGUAAUCUGCUCUCCUUCAGUGUAGCCUUAUAGCUACUGGCUGGUGUGCAGGGAAGUAGUGCCUUAUGCACACCCCUG